UUUGUUAUUUCGAACACCGAAUCUGGGUGUUAAAAACACUUUCGGCAAUUAUAUUUUUAAAAAAUCUGAAGUGAAUACCCAGCAAACGAAACAAACGAUACAAGCCUAAAACAAAACGAUAUACAACCGGACGGAAGUGGGGGAAAGAAAGCGAGGAGCAGAAACUAUAUUUUCCCCCUUUGCCUGUGUGUGCGUGCGUGUGUGUGGUAGUAGUAGUAUUUUUUUCAUUUCUGUUUUCGCUGUACGUGCGGAUUGAUUCAUAUUAUUUCAUUACGUGAGCUAUUGCAAUAUAUCUGUUCGGCCGAGGACAAAGCCAAACCGAUUUCACCUGGCCCAUGAACCUUAGCUUAUUGUUUGUUUGAUUUAUGCGAAAAUAGAUGCCGCCUGCGAUGUAGAGCUGCUGAUGGCCCCUUUUCCACGGGGGCCGCGGCCAAUGAUUCCACAGACCCAAAAAAAGAACCAAAAAAGUAAGGCAGAGACAAAAACAAAUUACGCCGUAGAUGAAAAGAAAAGCGCCAAGAAGAAGCAACAGAGAAUACGUCAAAUAUCUCUAAUCUCCAAUACCAUUGCACUCUGUAAACGUGUGUGCUCGAAAAAUUCUGGCCCCCCCAAAAACAACAACAAGAAACAUCCGCUCAGGAAUUGACAACUGAUACGUAGAAUUAUGAACGUAGAGAGCCAACUGAAGACACCGCUAACGCACAUACGCAAUCUGGUUAAGCACGUGAACAAGCGAAAUUUUAAUGAAAGCAGCGAGCAAAUAAAACAGUUCGUUAAAGAGCACGGCCUGGAAGCGGAUCGCAGCAGCCUGCGCCACCUGUUCUCCGUGAUCAACUUCAGCGAUCCCGCGCCCUCUGUUACCGCCCAGCUGCAGGCGAAACUCCUGGGCGCCCACUUGCAGCGUCAGCUGCAGAGCUCAUCGUUUGUGUCCAACAUCUGCUACGCCUUCGACCAGUACUUUGCCAGUAACCAGAAGACCUUAAAGCCUGCUGCGGUAUCGGAUCUCGUGGGCCAAGUCUCUCGACUGACCGGUAUCAACAAGCUCUGCGAGUGCAUCUUUGCCUUGGCCGUAACCCAUUCCUCGCACUCGGAUCUCAGGCAGUCGGCCAGGAACAACUUGAAAAGCAGCCUCCGCGAACUAAUCGACUCCUAUUUGGGCAAGAGCAACAGCAGUCCGACGAGCAGCGGUCUCCAGGAGAUAUCCUGUGAUCUGCUUCAGUAUUUGCUGUGCUGCCUCAGUGAGUACGUUAAACCGCAGUUGGAGGCGCAGUUUCUGGUCAAGCUUCGCGAGGAGUUUCCGCGCCAGGAGGUGCCGCUGGUUCUAGCGCCGUUUCUGUACGGCUCGACGACGGCGACGAUUGCGGGAGCAGGUGCCAGCGAAACGGAUGCGGAGGCCGAAGCGACGGCCAGCAGCAACUGCUCCAGUUCCGAGGCAGAUGCUCUAAACGAGGUGGGAAUCGAGGAUAUCUAUGACCAUUUAAGCGAGAUAAUAUUCACCAACCAGGGCAAAAAUAAUAUUAUGGACACAUCCUGGAUUAAUCUAAUCCUGGAAAUCGGUUAUGAAUUUACAUCGAGUGUUGAAGAGUGCAAGAAUCAUUUGUGUUCACGCGAACGAGAACGCGCUGAGCUCCAGUCCAAAGAUGUCGCCAAGAUCGUGGGACUCAUGUGCCGUCGGCACUCGUCUCUGCUCGAUUGUAAUGUGAACCUACCGACGCCGGCGAACUUCUGGCCUGGUCAAGGGCAGGGCGCUGGCAGCAAUAGCAGCGGCUCCUCGCAGGCACAAAGCACUCCGCAGCAACAGAGCUCGGGCAGCAGCAACAACAACGAUGGCAGCGACGGCAACUCGUCCAGUGAUAAGAAGGACAAGAAGGAGACGACGGAGGCCACGCAAACAUGGAAGCCAGAUGUCUUUGUGCAGGCGCUCAAGGAGGUGGUGCCACAGCUCAACUGGAAGGAAGUGUGCAUGGAACUCGAUCAUCCCGAGUUCGUGCUAAAGGAUCGCAUCGGUUUGGACCUACUGCUGACCAUUUUACGGCUGGCCACUGGCUCCAACAUAUUCCCACAUCCAGAAUGCAUUUACCGUCACUGGGCCAACACGGAGGGUCAGCUGUCGCUCAUUGCGACCAUGCUGAAGAACCCGGAUCUCUUCUCCUUCGCCGACUUUGUAUUCAGCCAGCCAGCGUUGGACGUGCUAAAGACGGCCCCGGAUGCGGACAACAAGGAGAUCUCGGCCUGGAAGUCGCUUCACCUGGUUGAGGUGUUGCUCUCCAUUGCGGACAAGGGAUACUAUACGCAGGUCCAUGAGCUUUUCAAGUUCCCCGCGCAGAACUGUCCCGAUGUGCUAUUCCUGGCCUUACUGCACAUAAGUCCGCCACUAACGCCGCUGCGGCAGGAUCUGUUCAACCAACUAAUACCCACGUUCCUGGGCAACCAUCCCAACUCGAACGUCAUCCUGGCCAGCGCCUGGAGCUCGACCAACUUCCAACUGCGCCCCAAUAUCAUGAAUGCCAUGUCCGAGUGGUAUCUGCGAGGCAGUGAGUUCGACCAGGUGAAGCUGUCGCGCAUUCUUGACCUUGCCCAGGACCUGAAGGCGCUGUCCGCGCUGCUCAACGCGCGCUCCUUUCUGUUCAUCAUCGACCUGGCUUGCCUUGCCUCGCGGCGUGAGUACCUGAAGCUGGAGAAGUGGCUCACCGACAAGAUUCGCGACCAUGGGGAGCCCUUCAUGCAGGCCAUGAUCAAGGUGCUGCUGCGUCGCUGCCCGCAGGUGGCCAACGCCAAAGUGCCCGAGGACCAGCUGCCUCCUAAACAGGCCCAGCUCUUGCCCGAGACGGUUACUACAAUGAUUAACUGCCUGCAAACGUGCAUCAACAACUGCAUGCUGCCGGAGAUGGUCGAAAUGAUAAUGCAGAUGACCGCCAACGUGGCUAUCAUGGCGAACAAGGCGCGUGCCCAGCAGCAACAGCCAGGACUGGUUCCGCCGCCACCUCCGAACAUUCUGCGCGGCCAUCGUGGCAUGGAUCUGCCUGGCGGCAUCGUUCCUCCGCCGCCGCAGCAACCCUUCUCUGGAAACCUCAAUGCGCAGAUGUUUGGACCCGGAAUGGAUCCGCUGACCAAUAUGUCCAACAACCUGGCCGGUCUCAAUCUGAGUGGGCCGAACGGAGCAUUUAACUUUGGCAACAUGCUGACCUCUCCAUCACGUCUGAUGACUCCGGGCGCCAGUCCAUAUCCACUGAAUCCCAUGGGGAUGCCGCAAGCUCCGCCGCCACCCAAUGUCGGGAAUCUCGGCCGCAUGCUGCCGGGUGGUCCACAACAGCAGACUCCCACGCCAACGCCAACGGCCCCCAAUCCCAACAAUCCUGUGAUGGCCGACCUGCAGAUACCCGUGUCCAAGGAGGUGGAAGACGAGGUCAACUCGUACUUCCAGCGCAUCUACAACCACCAGCCAAAUCCAACGCUGUCCAUCGACGAGGUGCUGGACAUUCUGCAGCGCUUCAAGGAGUCGAGCAACCGACGCGAACAGGAAGUCUUUCUGUGCAUGCUGCGCAAUCUCUUCGAAGAGUACCGCUUCUUCUGUCAAUAUCCGGAAAAGGAGCUGCAGAUCACAGCGCAGCUUUUCGGUGGCAUCAUCGACCGCAACCUAGUGCCCACAUUCGUGGCCCUUGGCCUUUCCCUUCGCUGUGUCCUGGACGCGCUACGCAAACCCGAUGGCUCCAAGCUUUACUAUUUCGGUGUGACGGCACUGGACAGAUUCAGGACCCGAUUGCACACCUACAACAAGUACUGCGAGCACAUCCGCUCCAUUCCCCACUUCUCGGACUUCCCGCCACAUCUUAUCCAGUAUGUGGAAUACGGAAUGCACGGCCAAGAGCCGCCGCCGCAGAAGCUGAUUGGGCUCAGUAAUACGAUUCCGUCUGCGAUUUCCACCGGUGGUCCGCCAAGCGAGGCGCUCUACAGGUCCAACUCCAUGCUAGGUAACAUGCCCCUUGCCACUCCCGGUGCGGGACCGAAAUCGAACGCUGCCGUGUCGCACGCCACGAGGAUGAAGUCCAUCGCCAAUGCCACCAAUAUCGACACCCUGUUGGUGGCCAACCAGGAGGAGAAGGUCACAGUGCCGCCGGAACCGGUGCAGGACAAAACUGCCUUCAUUUUCAACAACCUGAGCCAGCUGAACAUACCGCAGAAGUGCGACGAGAUCAAGGAGAUCAUGACCAAAGAGUACUGGCCAUGGCUGGCGCAGUAUUUGGUCCUCAAACGCGCCUCAAUGGAGUUCAACUUCCACACGCUCUACUACAACUUCCUAGACGCGCUCAAGAACGGCGAGAUCAAUCGAUUCGUGACCAAAGAGACGUUGCGCAAUAUCAAGGUGCUGCUGCGCUCCGACAAGGGAGUCAUCAACUUCUCCGAUCGCAGUCUGCUGAAGAACCUCGGUCACUGGCUGGGCAUGAUGACCCUGGGCCGCAAUCGUCCCAUUCUGCAGCUGGAUCUGGAUCUCAAAUCCCUGCUGGCCGAGGCCUAUCACAAGGGACAGCAGGAACUGCUUUUUGUGGUGCCCUUCGUGGCCAAGAUCCUUGAGUCGUCCGCCAAGUCACGCAUCUUCCGCUCGCCCAAUCCCUGGACAAUGGGCAUCAUGUACGUGCUGGGCGAGCUGCAUCAGGAGCCGGACCUCAAGCUGAACCUCAAGUUCGAAAUCGAGGUGCUGUGCAAGACACUUAACCUGGAGCUGGCCAAGCUGCGACCGGUGAUCUAUCUGAAGGAUCCCAGUCGGGCUCUGUUGAUUGAGCAGCAAAUGUCGCAGCCAAAGCCCAAACAGAUGGAGCCAGUGGCAGCGGCGCCUGCUUUGCCGCGUGAACAGCAAUCCCCAGCACAACCGCCGCCGCCUCCGCAACAGCAGCAGCAACAACAGCAGCAACAACAGCAGCAGCAACAACAACAGCAGCAGCAACAACAGCAGCAGCAGGCUCCUCCACCGCCACCUUCAGCGGAUGUGGAUGCCCAAAAUGCGGCUGCCAUGAUGAUGGUUGGAAAUGGAGCUAACAGCACUCCCGGAUCGGUGUCGUCGCCCAAUCUGCCCAACGAUCCCAGCCAGGUUGUACAACCGCCGCCAGAGCCACGCUACUCGUACGUGGACGUGAAUGUGAGCAACUUCCAGCUUAUUGGUCAGCAGUUGAUUAUGCCGCCCAAUGUACCAUUCCUGCACGCCAAUCCCGGAAUCAAGCACAUCGUGGUCAAUGCCGUGGAGCGCACCAUCACCGACUGGCUGCAGCCCAUCGUGGACCGAAGCAUUCGCAUCGCCUGCGCCACCACCGAGCAGAUCAUUCGCAAGGAUUUCGCCCUGGAUGCUGAUGAGAACCGCAUGCGCACCGCCGCCCACCAGAUGGUGCGCAAUCUGGCCGCCGGCAUGGCCAUGAUCACCGGAAAGGAUGAGAUAGCACGCGCCAUUAGCCAGAAUCUGCACAAGGCCCUGAUUUCGGCACUCAACGGGAUGCCCACAAUGACGGAGAUCCAAGCGGCCGCCAUGCAGUUGGCCAGCGAGAAUGUGGAGCUGGUGUGCGCCUUCAUCCAGAAGACAUCGGCCGAGAAGGCAGCUGCCGAGAUCGAUAGGCGCCUGAGCACCGAUUUCGAGACCCGAAAGAUUGCCCGCGAAGAGGGCAACCGCUUUGUGGACGCCCAGAUCCUCAGCUACCAGCAGGAGCGUCUGCCAGAAGCAGUGCGCAUCAAGGUGGGCCCUGCGCCGGCCACACUCUACGCUGUGUACUCGGAGUUCGCCAGAAGCAUACCGGGAUUCCAGCAGAUGAGUGACCGCGAUAUCGCACUGUUUGUGCCCAAGCCGCAGGACUUGUCGCAGCCGAAUGUGUUUGCCAACGACGAGAGCAGCUUGGUCUACGGGGAACUGGCGAGCAAGAUGGAAACCUUUAUGAACACGGCCAUUGGUGUGCCGUCGCUGCAGGUUCAGGCCAGCAAGAUGCACAUGCUCCUCAACGCCCUGAUGAACACGCGCCGCCUGCGUGACCAGGAGUCGGCCUUCAAUCUCCUGACCCGCGCCGUCGAAGGUUUGACCGAGGGACUGGUCAACAUGCACGAGAACCUGGAGCAGAUGAAGCUCUACCAGAACGUCCACCUGCGUAUCAUCGGACUGCUGCACAACAGCUUUGGAGCCCCCAACACCGAGCGAGCAGUGACCAAGUGCUUCUUCGACAUCCGCGAGGAGGUGCGCUACAACGUGGAGGCAGCUCGUGCGCUGAUCACCUCGCACUUUGUCAACCUGAAUCAGUUCGAUGGCAUGCUGCGGGAUUGCAUGGACAACGGCAACAACUAUGUGGCCAUCUCGUUCGGUAUUGCGCUGCUAGAGCGUCUCAUCAUGGACGAUCGCGCGAUUAACAUUGUUUCGGACAACGAAUUCAUGGCCACCGUGGAGCUGCUGGGUAGGCUUACGCAGCACCGUCAUCGGUAUCCCGAGUGCAUCGUCAAUGCCAUUGACACGCUGUGGAGCGGAAACUUCAACUCGAGCAGCGACUACAGUCCGUUCAACGCCAGUGAGCGUUACUUGGCGGGAGCCUCGCACUACAUCCACUCCGGCAUGCAUCACGUGAGGUCAUGCGAUACGGACGAUCCGCCAGGCUUGCAGGAAAAGACAGAGUUUCUGCUCAAGGACUGGGUGGCCCUGUACACUCAGCAGAACCAGCAAUCCACGCGCGAUGCCCGCAACUUUGGCGCAUUCGUCCAGAAGAUGAACACAUACGGAAUCCUGAAGACGGACGACCUGAUCACACGCUUCUUCCGCCAGGCCACGCACAUUUGCACGGACGUGGUGUACAGAAUGUUUGCCGAGCCAAGUCUGCCCAUCAACCAGGCAAAGAACAAGAUAUUCCAGUGGAUCGAUGCGUUCGUGCACCUCAUAGCGAUGCUGGUGCGGCAUUCGGGCGAAGCAGGCAAUCCCACGACCAAGAUCAACCUGCUGAACAAGGUUUUGGGCAUUGUGCUGGGCACGCUGCUCAAGGACCACGAGAUGCGCGGCGUGAGCUUCCAGCAGGUGGGCUACCACCGCUUCUUCAUGAUGCUCUUCAUGGAGCUCUGCUCGGCCGACGUGAUCCUCGAGUCGCUGAUGCACAGCAUUGUGUCGGCCUUCGCCUACACCUAUCACCUGCUGAAUCCCACCGUGGCGCCGGGCUUCUGCUUCGCCUGGCUGGAGCUCAUCUCGCACCGCGUCUUCCUGGGCCGCAUCCUCGUGCAGAUUCCCGGCCAGAAGGGCUGGCCACUUUACGCCCAGCUGCUGCAGGAUCUCUUCAAGUAUCUUGCGCCCUUCCUGCGCAACACGGAGCUUGGUAAACCGGUCCAGCUCUUGUACAAGGGCACCCUGCGCGUUCUGCUCGUCCUGCUGCACGACUUCCCCGAGUUCCUGUGCGACUACCACUUUGGGUUCUGCGACACCAUCCCGCCCAACUGCGUCCAGAUGCGCAACAUCAUCCUGUCGGCGUUCCCGCGCAACAUGCGCCUGCCCGACCCCUUCACGCCCAACUUGAAGGUGGACAUGCUGUCGGACAGCAGCAAUGCACCCAAGGUGCUUAGCAGCUACAUCAUGAACAUCCAGCCGCCGAAUUUCAAGAAGGAUCUGGACUCGUACCUCAAGGCUCGGGCGCCGGUUACUUUCCUCUCGGAGUUGCGUGGCCACCUGCAGGUGACCAGUGAGCCAGGCACGCGUUACAACAUGACGCUAAUGAAUGCCCUGGUCAUGUAUGUGGGCACUCAGGCCAUCGCUUUGAUUAGAAACAAGAACUUUGUGCCGAACACCUCGAACAUUGCACACAGCGCUCACAUGGACAUCUUCCAGAACCUGGCUGUCGAUUUGGAUACGGAGGGUCGCUAUCUCUUCCUGAAUGCGAUUGCCAACCAGCUGCGCUAUCCGAAUAGCCACACGCACUACUUCAGCUGUGCCGUGCUGCACCUGUUCGCCGAGGCCAACUCGGAGGCCAUUCAGGAGCAGAUCACGCGCGUCCUGCUUGAACGGUUGAUCGUGAACCGGCCACAUCCGUGGGGAUUGCUCAUCACUUUCAUCGAGCUGAUCAAGAAUCCAAUCUACAAGUUCUGGGACCAUGACUUUGUGCACUGCGCGCCGGAGAUUACCAAAUAUUUCGGCUCUUCGAAUCGGUGGCCCGCUCCUGUCUGGCCAAAUCGAACGUCACCCAGCAGCUGAACAUGCCCGUCGUCGAUGGCGAGGGCCAGGAGGUGGCCAACAUCAACUGAGAAAACGCCACCGUCCGACGCUUCUGUCUGGAGGUCUGUGCAAAACCCAGACGCAGGCAGUAGGCACACAACAACACAACAACACAACAACACCACAACACAACAACACCCCAAAUAACCACACAGCACAGCACAGAACUGCAUUCAUUGAAUUCUACUACCAUUACUGUGUUUAGCUUUUAGAGUAAUUCGUUUUAAGGAGACAGUGAAAUCAGUGACAGCAGCAGACACAAACAUUUUCAAAACAACCAACAGCAGCAACCGCAACAAUAAGAACAGAGCAGCAACAGCAGGCCAGGCCAACUGCAGUGCUAGAAACCGAAAUUCGACUUGUAUUUAAACGAACGGAAACGAUAACAUUUUAAAUGCCUCCCCCAUCGUGGGGGAAUGUUACAAAUUUUUAAUUGAGUUGUAUUAUAAAUGGUAGAUGAAGACGUUAAACUGUUGAUGACAGAUACUGUGUAAAGAAAUCAAUCAAACAGAUGAAAAAAAAAAAUGAAAAAAACAAAAACAAAACAAAAAAAAAUGAAAAUCGAUAAAAGAAAAAAGAAAAAUAUUUUCUACAAAAAAAUUGCAAAAUGUACGAUGAAAAUGCGAAAAAACUAACAAAUGCGAUGUAAAUAUGUAGAUUGUUGUUGCUACACAUCCGGCAGAGAACAACAAUUAGAACAAAGAGAAGAGAAGAUUCAAAAGACGUAGCAGCAACAACGGCCACAUAUGAAAUUUGUGUACACACAUUGAAGGAGCGAGUAUAGCCAGGCAGCAGAUAAGCAGAUACCUAGUUAAACCUAUUCUCAAACCCGCUGAGAGCGAUAUUUAUAGACGUGAAUUGAAGAAAGUUUGCUGCAACAGAAGAAGGUUUGAAAGAUCAAGAUCCUCAGAGUCAAUAAUAAUUCGAGUUGUCAAAGUAGCUCUUACCUCCCAGCCAACUCAAUGAUGUAUCAUUUGCAAAUUCGUAACCUCUAAGAGUCUAAGAGUCCCUCAGUUAGUCUACUCGUAUACGUUAAUUUUUAAAAUGUUUCCGCACAAGAGCAAGAGCAGCAGCCACUGUAACAGCAACCAGAACCAACCAAUGUUUGAUCUUCUUAUACGCAAUGUAAGCGAUACGUUUUGUUUUUUACCUACAUACUUUUAUGAACUGAUUAUUAACUGAAAAUGGAAAUACAUUGAACACCUCUAGCUUGUUAAACGUAUAUAAACGUAUCGAUCCUCCAUGUAAAGAUAAACGCUGUUAGAAUCAGAGAGAUGAGAUAUAGAACGAGCGUGGCAUGGCGCAGAGUCCAAGCCACUGUCUAUAUAGAUCUUUAUAUAAAUAUAUAAAAUAUGUAUUUCUUAAUAUAAAUACGUAAUGUAAAUCGAGUUUGAUUGCCGCGCAACGAGUGGAAGUGGAAAGGCAGCGGAACGGAGCGAGAUCGAUUCUAAAUUCAUUAUCCUACGUUUGGCAAUUUGCGAGUUAUGUACGUGUUAUUAGAACCUAUCCCACAACCUAUCCCCUACCACUACCAUUACCACUCCCACUCGACACUCAAGCACCUACUGCAGCAACUCUAUUAGUUAGUAGUCUCUACCGCAAAUGCAAAUGCAAAUGAACAUUCACUGUAUUUACGCAAGUCAAAAUGUAUUUUGAAUUAAACUGAAUUGAAGCCUGAA